UCAUUGAUUGAGCUUCUCGGUUGCAGAGGAGGUUUGAAGGGCUGAGGAAAGAGAAGAGAGAGAGAGAGAGAGAGAGGGUGUAGAGACAGAGAAAGAGAGGAUGGGAGGCUGUGCGAGCGUCUCGCGCGGUGCCAAGGCAGAGGACCUGCACCCGCCCGAAGCUUGCACGGUGCCUCAGCCGGAGGUGUCAGCAAAGGUAGAGAGAGAAAGAGAGGGAGAGUGGAGGUCACUUGGUGAUUUGUUUGAUGAGGAGAAUGAAGAGGUGAACGACACCACGGAAGAGAUCGAGAAAGCCUCCGACGAAGCUGCAAAGCCUCAGCCCGAGCAACCGGAAGCCGAAAAGAAAGAAGAGGAGGCCCAGCCCCAAGAACCCAAGAUCGAAAACACAGAAGACGAACCCAAACCCAAAGAAGAAGAGAAAAUUGUGGACAGAGAGAUCCCAGUGGAAGAAGCAGAGGAAACCAAGGUGCCUGAAGAAGCUAAAAAUGUAGAUGAAGAGGAGCCAAAGGAAGCCCAAGCCGAAGUGGCCGAAAAAGCCGUUGAGGAGGGCGAAAAGGCCGACACGAGACAGGAAGUUGUUGCAGAGGAGGGGGGAGAGAAGAUGAAUUGAAAGGGGUGACUGUAACGGCUUGAAAUUUGAAUUUGGUGUAUGAUUUUUUCUGUUCUUUGUUAUUUUUUUUUUCACCGGGUUUUUUUUCUUCUUUUCUUUGUGGUGCCAUCCGUUUUUCACUUUCACGAAUUUGGGUUUUAUUCCAUUGAUAUAACGCCAUUUAUCAGGGUCUGUGUCUUCUCUAUCUAAAAAUUUGACUCAUUAUAAGUCAUUUAAGGAUUGUGUUUGGUAGCUCUGGGAAAUUUUCUUGUAGGCUUCUAUCUUUCACUUCUUUCUUGUUUGGUAGCUUUGGAGGAUUCAAGAAUGGUUUAAUUGACAAACCAGAGGCGGAAUAAAUCAUGGAUUUUUGUUUAAGAAUGAAAUUUUAUUGGAACUGUC